AUGAAUUCAAUUCAAAAGAUAAACCAAAUUAAUAAAAAGGAACUAGAUAAUAAUGUUAGUGACUCUGCUUCUUGGCAUUUCGAAUAUAGGGACACUCCGUAUAUUUUCAUUGGAAAUUUACCCACCAAUCUAGCCGAAAAAGACAUCUUAACAAUAUUUUCGCAAUAUGGUAUCCCAACACACUUGUAUUUAGUUAAGGACAAAGAAACCUCGAAAUCCCGUGGUUUUUGCUAUUUGAAGUAUGAAGAUUCUCGAUCCUGCGUUUUAGCUAUUGAUAAUUUCAAUGGUAUCAAAGUAUUUAAUAGAAACAUAAAAGUUGACCAUGUGUAUUUUAGAUUGAGAGACGAUCAAAACGAAGACGACUUUAAAGUGGAUUACAAUGAUGUGGAAGAAGAGAUCAAUAGAAAUGCUAUUCAAGGUAAGCAAAUACAACUACUUGAAUAUGACAAAAGUAAUGAUAAUGAUGAUGAUGAUGUUGAUAAUGACUUCGAUAAUAUUGUGAGUGAGAAUAAUGAUGACGAUGAAUUCAAAGAUCCAAUGGCAGAUUUUUUAAACAAUGAGGCUAAAAAGCGAAAGAGGGAUGAUGAUCACAAGGAGCAUAGACACAAGCAUAGACGUAAACAUAGGCAUCAGCAUAGGCGGACGGAUACGCAUAAAAGCAAAGAUAAACCAGAUUUUACGAAUGUAUGA